CAGAACCUCUGCCUAAUGUUGUCUACGGUCUCACUGUGGAUUGCUCAAUCGACAGAGGGAGAGUACGACUACAACCUCACCAUCUAAGUAGCAGUGGCAUACUGUUGCAUAAGAGCAGUGUCAGCUAGUGAUGUAGCUGAUUUCAUCUGAAGGGCGCUGAAGGAGCCUUGCGACCAUCAUGGCGUCCGCGAGCAAACUAUCGAAUGGGCUCCCAUAAUACCAAUUCUCAGUGCUUUGCAUCUGUCUGCUCCAUGAUUUGUUGCAUGUAUCGGCUGAGCCCUUCCUACCUCGACCUUGAGUGAGGCAGCCGAGGGCGAAGCGGCUCCUGCGCCUGCGCCUCUUUCCGUUGCCCGAGAUGAGAUUCCACUGCCACCCACCGUUGCUUCGUAUCCUCCAACUUGAAUCGUUCGCCACAAUCUCAUCAUCUCGCAACCAUGGCCCCAGACGCAGCAGCCUUUGCUGGUCCAUCAGCACACGCUUCCACUUCCUCAUCUACUUUGAACACAGAUGGGGAGCCAUCCUUCAAGCGACGACGCCCCGUACCUGACGAUGAUGCGGACGGCGCUGCUGGGCUGCUCAGCUUCGACGAUGAUGCAGACGAGGAGGACUACGACUCGAAGCGCUUUGUGCCGCUGAAGCAACGGAGAGCGCAGCAGCUCCAAAAGAUCUCGUCGGGUAGGGGAGCCCUCAGUCGCGGUGGAGCGGGUUCGUCCCGAGCUACCUCGAGCAAAGGUGGGCCGGGGGCAGAUGGUACUGCAAAUGGGGAGGGUCGGCAAGGCGCUGGCAACGGGGGAGUGGGAAGAGAUGAUGACGAAGAAGAAGACGAGGAGGCAAAGCCCGACUUUGGUAUUCGGCAGAAACACACAACACUACUGGACGAGGCGCGAGCACUUAGAGAAGAGCGAGCGUACGCAACUCAGACACCUGCUCAGCAGCGCGAGGAGGAAGAGAGGAAGAUCCUCGAAGCUCACGCUGCUCGGAGGAAAUUGGCGAGUGAUAUGGAAUUAGCUCAGGGGAUCAAUUAUACUGAGCCGCUCAAGACUUCCUGGACUGCUCCAAGCUAUCUGCGGAAUAGGACAGAAGAGGAGAAUGCAAAGAUCAGGGAGGAGCAUCAUGUCUUGGCUGAUGGAAUGGACAUCCCGCCGCUUGCCACGAGGUUUCAAGACAUGAAGAUCCCGAAUGCCAUCAUCAAGCAUCUCCUUGGCAAAGGGAUCAAGAAGCCGACGCCCAUCCAAAUGCAGGGCCUGCCUACCGCCUUCUCUGGCCGAGACAUGAUCGGUAUUGCCUUCACUGGAAGUGGCAAGACGCUUGCUUUCAGUUUGCCUCUGGUCAUGUUCUCAGUCGAGGAGGAGAAGAAGCUGCCAUACACUCGCGGCGAAGGACCUCUAGGGAUGAUUGUCUGUCCCUCUCGAGAGCUGGCUCGUCAGACGUACGAUGGCAUCAAGGCCAUGGCGCAGGCUCUUGCCCAGGAUGGCUACCCAGAGAUCGGCGUGCUGCUCUGCAUCGGCGGAAUCUCAAUGGCCGAGCAGUCCCACACAAUGGGCAAGGGCUUCCACAUCGUCGUCGCCACGCCGGGCAGACUGCAGGACAUGCUGACAAAGAAGAAGUUCACACUGGAAUGCUGCAAGUACCUCUGCCUCGAUGAGGCUGAUCGAAUGAUUGACAUGGGUUUCGAAGAAGAUGUGAGGAACAUCAUGAGCUUCUUCAAGCAGCAGAGACAGACGCUUCUCUUCUCUGCCACGAUGCCGGCAAAGAUUCAGGACUUUGCCGAGCAGUCUCUCAUCCGUCCCGUGAUCAUCAAUGUCGGACGAGCGGGAGCAGCCUCGAUGGACAUUAUCCAAGAGGUAGAAUACGUGAAGCAGGAAGCCAAGAUGGUCUACCUCCUAGAAUGUCUGCAAAAGACGGCACCACCCGUCAUUGUCUUUAGCGAAAACAAGAACGAGGUAGAUGAUAUCCAGGAGUACCUCUUGCUCAAAGGCGUCGAGGCAGUGGCUAUUCACGGCAGCAAGACGCAAGAUGAAAGAGAGUAUGCUAUCCGGGCAUUCAAGACUGGACAAAAGGAUGUGAUGGUUGCGUCGGGAGUGGCCAGUAAAGGACUUGAUUUCAAUGAGAUUCAACACGUCAUCAAUUUUACUAUGCCAAAGGAAAUUGAGUCUUACGUGCAUCAAAUCGGUCGAACAGGUCGAAGCGGCAAGACUGGAAUUGCCACGACGUUUGUGAACAUGAAUGUCCCCGAGCAGACCCUCUUGGAUCUCAAAUACCUCCUCAUGGAAGCCAAGCAGCGCAUUCCACCUUUCCUCGCCGCCAUUGAAGACCCUCGAGCGGCGGCUGGUGGAGCAAUCAGGGCAUGUGCCAUCUGUGGUGGAUUAGGUCAUAGUAUCUCUGAUUGUCCCAAGUUGGAGGAGGAGCAGAGGAGAAAGAUGGCAGGACAUUCCAUGGAUGGUGGGGGUGGAUACUGAGAGCAAAAGGAGGCAAGGAGAGGAGCGCACUUGUCUUGUCACACAGGUCUGUCAAUCAAUGUGCUCAAUAAUGGCGUCGAGAGU